AUGGCGGAAGUUCUUGCGGUGAUGGGCAUUAUUGCCAACAUCGUCCAGAUCGUUGACUUCGGCGAGAGAGUGAUAUCCCGUCUCAAUGACUUCCAUCGUACUGUCAAUAAUUGUCCCCGAGCUUUCCGCCAGACCAUGACCGAAGUGCCCCUUUUGGUGGAUACACUCAAACAAACGGAGAAAGGGAUUGCUGCCGGCACCGUCCAGGAAGAUACGGCUCGAGCACUCUUCCCUGUGGUGGAGGGAUGCCGAGAACAACUUGAAACCCUUGACUCGCUCCUGAAAAAGGCGCUGCCAAAGAAGGGUGACUCCAUGGGAACACGAAACCUCAAAGCUUUGUCGUCUCUGAUUCAGGAACCAAAGGUGGAAAAAUUAAAUAGAUCGAUUCAUAGAUAUAUCCAGACUCUCACCUUUUAUCACGCAGCUGCUGCAUCGACGGCGUACCCUUCAGUAGAUUCUGCGCAGACUCGCACCUCAAUUAGUCCUUUCAGACUCUCUAUACCGCCUCCUUCUGCCAACAUGCUGACAACAGAUGAUGCAGGAGAGAAACUUGCUAAACUCCGUCGAUGGUUAUCGGCUCCAGACCCAUCACCAACGCAGUACAAGCUUGUCAACGAGCGUUUAGCCAACACGGGUCUCUGGUUCCUAAAAAGUCAAAAAUAUAUAAGAUGGAAGACUGAUAUUAUGUCCUUUCUCUGGCUUUAUGGGAUACCUGGAAGCGGCAAAAGUGUCCUAUGUUCUGGCAUUGUCGAAGAUGUUUCUCGGGAUUGCGAGUCCGAUGCUGGCAAAGCGAUUGCUUAUUACUACUUUUCCUUCAGUAGUCUGGAUGACCAAGCACCAGAGCAGAUGAUCAAGUCCCUCAUCUCUCAAUUCUCUGAAAAAUGUGUCAGGAUACCUGCAAGCUUGGAAUCAGUGUUAUCUUCUGACCUGACCGGGCAGCGACAGCCACCGUUGCACAAACUCCUGGAUAUGCUACGUGCAAUUAUGCAAGAAUUUCCAGCUUCAUAUAUUGUCCUUGAUGGUCUAGACGAAUGUCCGGAUCGUGAAGGACUCCUUGGCGUCCUCACGAAAAUCGUAAGAUGGGAGCUUGAGAAUUUGCACAUGAUUGUCCUGAGCCGAGAUGAACCAGACAUUCGACGAUCCCUCGAAGACAUUUGCAACGAAAAAGAUACCGUUUGUCUCCGAAGCGGGUUGGUAGAUGAGGAUAUUGGUCGUUACGUCCGCCACAGAUUAGCCAAUGACAAAAAGUUGAGGAGAUGGCACAAAGAUCAUGAGAUACGGCAGGAAAUUGAAACCAAGUUGAUAGAGAAGGCUCAGGGGAUGUUCCGUUGGGCGGCUUGUCAAAUGGACAUGCUUGCGAACUCCAUAAAUCGCUCACUACUUCGGAAGUAUUUAAGAAAUUUGCCCCCAACAUUGGGAGAAACAUAUGAACGGAUCUUGUGUGGCAUUGACGACGUCUACCGCGAGUAUGCAAGAAACGUUCUUCGAUGGCUGGCCUUUUCAGCCCGACCGCUCUAUGUUGAGGAGGUUGCAGAAGUGGUGGCUAUCUCUGACGACGACUGUCCUCAUUUUGAUAGAGAUGCAGUUUUGGAGGAUCCAAUGGAUGUUUUGAGCAUCUGCCCGAGUCUCAUUACGGUGGUGGGGAUUCCUAUUAUUGGCCCAGCCCCCAAGGAAUUCGCGGAAGAAGGAAUCCCCCUUGAACAAAAAUCCUUUACAUUGGCUCACUACUCCGUCAAGGAGUACCUGCUCUCCGAUUUGAUUCAGAAAAGUUCCGCGUCUGCAUUCUGGAUAAACGAGACAGCUGCCCACUCCUUCAUCGCCAAGAGUUGUCUUGCUUAUAUUUCGCAGUUUCGUGACAAGGACAGCGUGGACACGGAAACAGGAGAACAAUUUAAAUUAGCUAUUUAUGCUGCUGAGUUCUGGCCGCAUCACGUUCGUGCUUCUGGAAAAGAUGCUACUUCUACAUAUGAUCUCGCGAUGGAGCUGCUGUCUCUCAAGAAUGACAACUAUGUUAACUGGUUCCGUUUAUUCGACAUGGAUCACUCAAGAGAUAUGAAUCUCACCCUAACAUCCGAAGACAUCCCGGCGCCUUUAUAUGCAGUAUCAUCGGCGGGACUAACAGAAAUUGCCCGCCUGCUGAUAACUGAACACCAGUUGGAUGUCAAUCGACAAUGUGGACGGCUUGGCACUGCACUGCAAGCGGCUUCAUUUCGCGGACAGGAAACAACGGUCGAGCUACUAUUGGGGUUUGGGGCCGAUCCCAACAUUGAGAUGGGAGACCGCGGAAGUGCACUGCUGCUUGCAGCAUCUCGAGGCCACUUUGCGAUCGUACAGAGACUCCUGGCAGCAGGUGCUGAUGUUAAUUGGCCAACAUCUCACGGAACUGCACUGCACAAAGCAUUAGAUGUCGCAGUAGCCAAACUGCUGAUUGAUGCAGGAGCCAACAUCAAUGCGAUAGGAGGGGAAUACGGCACCGCUCUACAAGAAGCGUCAUAUCUAGGCCGUGAUGAAGUUGUCGAUCUGCUACUCAAGAUGGGUGCUCAUGUCAAUAUUGCAGCGCUCGUGAGAAAGCAUGAUAGCAUUGUGGACAGGCUGCUAAAAGCUGGAUCGAAUCUCAAUCUGCAAGGAGGGAGGUAUGGGACUGCACUACAGGCAGCAUGUGCUACCGGCCAGGAGAGCAGAGUUCGGGACCUCAUAGCUGGCGGUGCUGACGUCAAUCUACAUGGUGGCCGAUAUGGUACUGCCUUGCACGCGGCAGUGAUCAACAGGCAUGACAAUAUAGUCGAGAUAUUACUAGCGUCUGGUGUUGAUAUCGAGGCGCACUGUGGUCAGCUUGGUACUGCUUUGCACGCAGCAUCGGCCAAUGGGUAUGAAGAAAUAGUGAAGCGACUGUUGGCAGCCGGCGCAGAUGUCAAUUCGCAAGGAGAAUGUGGCACUCCCUUACAGGCAGCAAUAGGAGGAGGGCAUCAUAAAAUCGCAGUGCAGUUGUUGGAGGCAGGUGCAGAUUUCAGUUUUGGCGGAGAUCCCUAUGACAAUCCUUUGCAGGCACCACCAUAUACGGGUGCAAAUGAUCUGAUCAACGGAAUACUCAAUGACAAUGCCACUGUUAAGAAGGAUGGAGGGAAGCAUGGUACCUCGUUAUAG